AUUGGCUGUGGGCCGAUGGUCUGCGCGCCGAUUGGCUGCUCGGGGCCGGAGGGCCGGGUCCGAGGGACAGAGUCCGGCCUCCAACCUUCAAAUGGGAAGCCCCUGCGGAGCGGCUGGCAGAUCUGAGGCUGUGCGGCGGACUUUGGGGCGAACAGGCGGAGGGCGGUGAGCGGGCGCGGGGGCGCAAAGGCACCAGGGUCCGUGCAGGGCGCCGACCCGCUUGGCCGAGGCACCGCAGCCUCCACGCCCCCACCCCGAGGUCCCGGCCUUCGGGCGCGCGCCUCACGUCCAGCCAUGGGAUCGGCGGCGCUAGAGAUCCUCGGCCUGGUGUUGUGCCUGGUGGGCUGGGUGGGCCUGAUCUUGGCGUGCGCGCUGCCUAUGUGGCAGGUGACCGCCUUCCUGGAUCACAACAUCGUGACGGCGCAGACCACCUGGAGGGGGCUGUGGAUGUCGUGUGUAGUGCAGAGCACCGGGCACAUGCAAUGCAAGGUGUACGACUCGGUGCUGGCGCUGACGACCGAGGUGCAGGCGGCGCGGGCGCUCACCGUGAGCGCCGUACUGCUGGCGCUCGUCGCACUCUUCGUGACCCUGGCGGGCGCGCAGUGCACCACCUGCGUAGCCCCGGGUCCUGGUAAGGCGCGUGUGGCCCUCACGGGCGGCGCACUCUACGCGCUCUGCGGACUGCUGGCGCUGGUGCCGCUCUGCUGGUUCGCCAACAUCGUAGUUCGUGAGUUCUACGACCCGAGCGUGCCCAUGUCGCAGAAGUACGAGCUGGGCGCGGCGCUGUACAUCGGUUGGGCGGCCUCCGCGCUGCUCAUGUGCGGCGGCGGCCUCGUGUGCUGCGGCGCCUGGGUCUGCGCCGGCCGCCCCGACCUCAGCUUUCCCGUCAAAUACUCGGCGCCUCGGCGGCCCGCGGCCGGCAGCAACUAUGACAAGAAGAACUACGUCUGAGGGCGCUGGGCUCUGCGUGGCCCCUCGCGCCAGCUGCACCCGCGAGCUGGAUUGGCCAGAGCCCCGCAAGGAUGGAGACUUUCGUUGGGCCGCGCUGCGCACAGGUUCCGCGGAACGCCCAGCUCUGCGCCCGGGAUGUGCACCACCGACGGGAUCCUGCCCGCACCCGCAGCGGGUCCACUCUGACUGCCACUCGCCCAGCCCUGCCCUGCCCUGCGCGUGCAACGCGCACUUGAGAGGACUUAUUUCUUUUUCCGUGUACAGUGCUGGCUCCAACGUGGGUGGGUCGCGGGCUAUUUGGGCAGUGGACUGAAGAUUCCACUUCUCUCCCUGUCCCUUGGGGUCUUGGAUGCCACCGUACUUUCCCGCGGCUCCUGCUAAUUCAGAGGGGCAGUCGGAGGACCCAGGGCCCCCAACCUGAGCUGCCUGAAGGAUGUGUGCAGCUGGCUUUUACCCCAUCAGCGGGGCCUGAGUCCAGAGGGACCAAGAGACUUGGCCUGGACCUCCCUCACCCCAGCAGUUCCCCAGAGGAGGCGUAUGGGCACCAGAUCCUGAGUGUGGGGCUAGGGCCCUGCUCCCCUUCGCAGCUUGGGGGACGGUAAGAAUUUGCUUAGUAAAUGGUUUGAAUACCCU